CGUCAGGUGGUCGAACCGACGCACAGUGGUUCCGAUAUGGCAAAAAGUGACGCAUAUCGGUUAAAAUUCAUAUCUGAUAAAUCUCUCUUUUAAUAACAUAUUUCAAAUACGCACCCGAUAAACCAUUUAUCACUAUCUCGUCUAUGUUUUUUGUUGAUUAUUUUUUGAUGGCGAGCAUUUUUAAGAUUUUUAUCAUUUUUACACUUUGUAAAUCGAACGGAGGUCAGCAUUAAGAUAAAUUUUGGUGUUUUAUUAAAUCAACAAUAAUACGUGUGAAAAGUAAUACAACCAUGGAGGAAGGCCAUUCAGCUUAUGUCGACCAAUGAGAAUGGCUUUCUGCAAGGAAGACUGUAAUACAAUUCUAACAGAGUAUUCUAGAGUGAUGAAGGAAAUUGUGGAAAUACAGGACAGUAAAAUAAAAAUUAAUAAUAGCGUAGAAGUCAUUGUAAGACAUAGAUUCUACUGUACAAUGGUAGAUGGAAAAAUAAUAAAUGCGGUGUGCAAAAAUGCUGCAACUUCGAGAUGCCCUGUUUGUCUAGCUGGACCAAAAACUUUGAAUAAUUUGCCGAGCCAAACCAAUGCAGAUGUUUUGAAAUUUGGAAUAUCCCCUUUGCAUGCAAAAAUUAACUCCAUGGAAUUUUUACUGAGAUGUUCAUACAAACUGGCCUCUACGAAGGAAGAACAAGAAACUAAAAAGAAAAUAAUACAAAAGCAGUUUAAAGAGAAAACUGGUUUAAACAUAGGUAAACCAAAACCAGGGUUUGGUAUUUCCCAUGACGGAAAUACAGCUAGGAGAUUUUUUCAGAACUCGAAAGUUACAUCUGAAAUUAUAGGGAUAGAGUUACCUAUUAUUGAAAGGUUCUCGAAUGUCCUAGCUGCGAUAUCAUGCAACAGAAUUAUUUCACCUGAGUCUUAUGAAAAUUAUGCACGUGAAACUGCUGAACUUUUUCACAAAACCUACCCUCAAUUCACGUUUUCACCAACAGUUCAUAAAAUUCUUUACCAUGGACAUGAGUACAUGAAACAAUUUCCUUUCAUUCCAGUAGGUAAUAUUUCUUAUAAAACUUUAAUACCAAACAAUAAUUAUUUUUUUAAUUUAGGAGCAUUGAGUGAAGAACCACAAGAAGCCCGCAACAAAGAUUUUAAAAGAUAUCGUACAGACUUCUCAAGAAAGAUUUCUCGGAAAGACACUUUAGAAGAUAUUUUUAACAGAUUUAUGUUAACAUCUGAUCCUCUAUUUUUUUUCUUAUUCAAGAAAUUUCAGUUGUCAUCAAAGACAACAAAAAAGGAUGAAAAUGUACACCUACCUCUAGAUUUUCUCAAUGAGGAAACUUCUGUUAACAAUGCCAUGAUGGGUGUGGGGUACGAUAUGAGUUCUGACGAGGACAAUUCUACAAGUAAUGAUGAAGAUGACGAAAUUACUAAUGAGUUUGAAGAUGGCGUUUUUUAACUAGCGAUUCAUA